AUGGAGAGCGAGCAUGAGGUGCAGCAGCUGUACCGGGACAUACAGAAUGAGAUUACGGUGCUGAAGACGCGGCUGAGCAAAGGCGGGGACGUGGCUGUGGCACAGGAUGUGUAUAAGCGGGCGGAGGCGCUGUUUCCCAAGGUGUCCAGUCUUAAGAACAACCGACUGUUUGCGCAGGACGCCAGGGUGGUUGCUGACUUGUCUGAGCUCACGCAGAUAUGCAUACGGAACCUGGACUUUGACGAUGAGUUCAGCCUGGUGAGCCUUGACGACGUGGUGCAGUACUCGAAGGCAUAUAUGCUAAGGGACUACUUGCAAUUGAGCGGAGUGGAGGUGAAGACCGAGAAGACAUUUGACCUCAGUGCCGACUCUGAUGGGACAGGCGGUGGGACAGUGGAAGGCGGCAACGACGCCGGCGGUGAAACAUCAGAUGCGGCACCACAGAGGCCUGAACACAUCUCUGAGAUGUUGCAGAUUAACAAGAAGAGGAAAGUACUUCGACAGUAUGACCAAUAUACACAUUUCACGCAGUUCAACUGGUAUAGGAUGGGCACUCUGUUUAAUAAAGUGAGUAAACUGCCUCCAACCACAGAUCACUUGCUGGGUCCAUUUGGUUUCGAGAGAAAGAAAAGAGUAUUGAAGGAGAGAGCUGCUAGAGAUGGGCUCGCCGAAAAAUCGACCGCUGAGAACUUGAGUAAGGAGACACUAACCUCAGGGCAAGAGAUAACUACCCCAGAACAAGUCCAGCGAUGUUUUAAGAUUCUAAAGAGAAAGAACGGCAUGAACAGUAUCAAUCUAUUCCAGUUUGUGCUGGACCCGAAUUCUUAUUCGAAGUCUGUGGAAAACCUGUUUUACACUAGCUUCUUACUCAAGGAAAACAAAUUACAAAUGACAGAGGGAAAUGAUGGAAUGCCCGAGAUAGCGAUAUACAAGCACUCUAAAGAUCGCACUAACGAUAACAACGAUGGUCAGCGUGGAAGAGGUGACCACCAGAACCAUAUCAUAUUCCAGCUAGAUAUGCCUACAUGGCAGAAACUUGUUGCCAAGCUUGGUAUCAAAGAACCAUUUCUGGAUUAUUGA